AUGAAGGACAGUGAAUUUUCACCGUUAGCUGCUAAAGUCGCCAACAAGCUUUGCUCUGAUGAGACAAACGGGAACACAUUUAGAAGUGCCCUAUUGAAAGCUACUCAAGAGAAUUACAAAAACAGGGAGAGUAUUCGUGGAAAAUCAGUUAGCGAAUGGAUGGGACUUGUUAGCUUAAUAUGUGAACUUUUCAAUCAUCUGCGUACCGGUGGUCUUCCACUGAAACCUUUAGCAGGAGCAGUGUACCAAACCUUGGUUGAACUGCUAAGAGUUGAAGAAGCCAUUGUUAGCCAGAAUAAAGACGAAGAAGAAGACGAAAUAGACUGUUUCUAUUUGAAUUUUAAGACUGUCCUACUUAAAUGAGCAUGAUCUUUUUCCUUCAUUGCAAUCAGCCUAUCGACGGCACCAGGAAAGCUCUUGAAAAGUGUCGACCAGGUGAUUAUCAUUAUUUAUUUAUUUAUUUUUAUUUAUAGUUUUUAAUCUUGAAAAGUGUCGACCAGGUGAGUUGCAGCAAUGAACAGCAGUACAAACUAACACCCUUCCCCUUCUGAAAAUACCGGUAGGAGAUUUUUUAAGAGAUCAAAUGGACUGAUGACCACCUCGUCAGAAACUGUGUUAGGGAAAAAUGAAGAACAGUUCCCCCAAAAUUCUGUCAGGCAUCUGUCAGUAGACUGCUGACCAACAUUCAGCCAACAGAUGAGUGACAGUUGGGCAACAGACAAACCAACAGAACUGCACAACUGCCCAUGAGAGAUAAAAUGGAAUUAAACGCUGUAUGUGCUUCCAAAAUAGAGGUAGAAAGUCCUCUGUGAGAUGUUGAAACCCACUUGGCCUGCCAUUUAUAAAAAGAGAAUGCCUGGGUGUGAAAGCAUCAAGGCUACAGAUCAAGUUGCUGUCUUGGAUUUAAAAGAAUAAGUUGUUUUGGUGGCAAAGUAAAACUAAGUAGUUUGGUUUUGUUAACUGAGUUGAGAUAAUUUGCUUGCCAUAAAGAGAUUAAAGGGGUGAUGGCUUGAGCAAAACCCUUUUUUCAGUACAAUUCCAUGGGACCCUUUCCUGCUAGCACUCAAAUCUUCUGCCUUUAAAUCUUUUCACAGUGCACAAGCCUUAUAAAUUCAGUUCAUUGUAACAGAAGUUUUGAGUUAUUGUUUAGAGAUUUCUACAGUCAGACAGGAAUGUGUAACUUUAAAAUCUUUCUAAAUAAUUUUAGACUUCUCACAUGAUAUGUUAUGGGUCAUUGUUAACAAUACAAAUAUACAUCAGCGUGUCCUUAGCCUGAUUCGUAACUAGUUAUUACAAGUGACUGAUACAUAGUACACUGAACAGGCAAGCACACAGUAUUAUCCUAAUUUAUUGCUGUUCCUUCUUAAUUUUACUUACAGGCGAAGUUUGAUGACCUUGUUGGAGGAAUAAGAGACACGAUUCUUGCUGACAAUACAACUGGCAAAACAAGGUGUCUGCUACUAGAGCUUCUUGAACUUUAUGCACGUGACUGGAAUAUCAGCACUGAUUUGGAGCGUUACUAUUGUGAUAUGUUAGCUGACAUCAUGGCCAAAGAUACCUAG